AUGGGAACCACUUCAGGACCACAGUUCCUAUCAGAGGAUGGAUUACCGUACGGUACGCCAAGUGGAGCAAGCCCCGCGCUGCACCCUAGCACUCCCUUCGGUAAUCCACCUGCGCUUCAGACCACGGUCGAAGCAGAGCUUCUGGCUCAGAUGACCUCCCUCCGAAAGGAGAUGGCUAAACUCCAAGAACGUAACAAUCUUCUCUCGUCCAAAGUGGACGAAACCCAACGGUUGCUUAAUCAGCAGGAAACACAAAACGUUCGGACCACCGAAUCUUCCCAGAGUCAGCAGACCCCCGGUCGGCAGAGGAAGGGAAAGCAGGGGGCAAAGGCAACGCCUGCGCCUUCCAAGCAGCUGGUGGUCCCAGCACCCCAGGACCAACCGCACGUACCGAAGAAGGUAUACACCGAUUGUCGUCAUCGGAUCAACGACAAGAAGGAUACCGAACGGCAUAGGUCCCCAAUCAGACUAAACGCCAACUUAAGGGACUCCCGGAUGAGGGUCUUGGGGGAUAAAUUGCCCCUUCGGAGGGCUCAGGGUUUGGACUCAGCGCAGGAGUCCGAUGAUGAGUACACCCCCACCAGGGACACCGAAUCAGGCUACCGUUCGGAAGCUCCCCCGGAGUAUUCGAAGGCAAGAUCACCAAGUCCGAGGAAAGCUUCCGAAGACUUCGGUUCCGAGGACGUCCCCAGCCGAGACCCUACCAUCCGAUUACUUUUCCAAAGAAUCCAGAAGAUGGAGGAGGACCGAACCCGAUCCCAGGUCCCUGACUGGGGGAAAACUUCGGCCGGGACCAUUUACCGAGCGCAUCAAGAGGUCCAGACCGGACAGGGAGGUGCAGCCACUGCGCAUACCCUUCUAUACCGGUGUGGAGGACCCUCUGACGCACCUCCACUCCUUCCAAUCGGCAGUUGGGUGUAA